UUCGUAUACGCUCACUCGCUCGCACCCGGUUUUCUGACUUCUUCCAGCACAUGACCGGCAAUUUAAGCAACGAUGCGAAUGCUGUCGAGCAAGUCAGCCGAACACAACAGUGAAAAAAAUAAAAAUAUUUCGUACGACAAAGCAAAAAUUCGUCGCCAUAUUGAAUCCGAAGCGAGUGGUGUUAAGUUGUGUGGUGUAGAGAGAAAAUUUUGCAGAUUUUCAAUUAAAUUUUACCUUUAAAAUUUGCAAUUACCAAACAAACAAUUAGGCAUAAUAAAUUUGUGCGUGUGUGAAUGUGUUUUUAGGCACAUUUGCUUUGUGAGCAUACAGGCAAGAUAGUGAUAAAACUGGUGUGAUUGUUAAGCAGCAGCGUUUCAUGCAUUUGUGGAUCAGUGUGUGAACAGCAGCGUGUGCUAGGAGUGUGGAUUAUUGAAAAAGUGUUCAAGAAAAGUGAUUUUCUGCUGGUGUAUAGAUAUAACUAAUUACUUUGUGUGCAGCGACUGCACACUAAAGGGUUAUAGCGUUAUUCGUGCCCAGAACAUAACCUAGACGCUUGAAAUCGAGAUGGAGACAAGUACGACCGCAUCAACGCCAGCCCCGACGCAGACAUCUUCCAACAACGACAAUGAUGAUAUCGAAUUUGAUGCCAGUUUGGCCGAUGAAGAAAGGCGUUUCUAUCUCAGGGCAUAUCCCUCUGUGGAUCUGGUGCGUGAGCGCAAGGUGCACUGCACAGUCUGUAAGACUCAUAUCGGAACUGCACCGAGCCAAGAGGAGAAUAUCCGCAUGCAUCCGGUGUUGCGUGUAACACACUGCUUGAAAUGCCACGACUUCUAUAACAGCGGCGAAUUCAGUAAAGGCGAAGAUGGCUCAGAACUAUAUUGUCGUUGGUGUGGCCAAGGUGGCGAAGUUUACUGCUGCUCAAGUUGUCCCUACGUAUUCUGUAAAUCAUGUAUCGUUAAGAACCUGUCUCGCGGUGUAGUAGUAGAUAUUGAACAGAACGAAAAUUGGAAUUGCUUUAGCUGCGCACCGAAAAUUCUUUGGCCAUUGCGUGCACAACAUUGGGCCCUAAUACGUUACAUAGACAAACAAAAGAAGUAUAUCGAUGUGAAUCACCCUAACGAAUCUGAAAAGAGGGCGCUGUUGUCACAGGACCGUUCAACAUGCUGUCGUCUUGCCAAAUCGAAAUGUGGAAACAUGUCCGAUUCUAUGGAAAGUCUAGAUUCUGCAACAUCUCGACGCAGUCAAAGCAGUUCUAGCGCAAAAAAACAUUCGAAAUCGCCAGGUAGUCAUCCACAAGUACCCCCGGCCAAACGUAUGAAAAACUCAAAUGAUGAAGUUGUUUGUACACCUGAUUUGUUGAGCAUGUUGGAGCCGGAUUGUCAAAUUACUGUGCAACAGAAGACACGUCCCGCACCUUCACCCAUUACAUCAACACCGAAAAUUAUAUCAUUACAAACGCACUCGUCAUCUCCGAAUAGUAGUGGCAUUACACUGAAACCACAUAAUAACACUCCACCACCAUUAGUACUACGUAACACCGGCAUACCUAUCCGACAUCCCUCGCCUGCACCAAUUGUACGACGUACAAUUAUAGGUGCACGAAACGCGCCAACAACCGGAAAUCAUACGCCAGUUUAUCACACUAUUAACGGUUAUCGUAUCGAUCUUAAUUCGGCAGCACAACAAGAAACAUUCCGUUUGCCCAAUGGCAAACUGAUACAGGUGAAACGCCAGGGCACAAAUCAACCACAGCCCAGCACUCCCUCACCGAGUAAUGCUUGGAUGCGGCAGGCAAGCCCAAUAACAGCUAUACAACAUGCGGCGAGUGGACGUCCUGUUCAAAUAACCCCAGCCCGUACAUAUUAUUCUGUAUCGCAACAACAUCCGCAAAAUUCAAUGCAACAGCCGCAAAUGAUACGGUAUAGUAAUACCACUGUGACGCCGGUUAGUGGUCAAAAUGGUGCUAUUCGAGGUACACAAAUACAAUUGAUCAAUGGUGUGCCUGUAGCGCCAACAGCUGCGCCUGCAACGGUUAAUUCUGCAACUGCAGUGCGUGCACCGGUCAUGGUGCGUCACGUGUUCCCUGACACUGCCAUCGGUCAAGCGCGUUCCCAGUUACAGGAUCAAGUCUUCAAUGCCAUGGAGAUUUGCCAACAUCUUACUGGUAAAGUACAAACACUGACCAAUUCGAAUGCUUACAAGCAAGCGCGCAAUUAUCUCGAAGUCAAAGAACUCUACAUACAUCUCUCAUAUCUGUUGACAUAUGCGAUUGGGCGUUUUAAGGGACUGCAGGAUAAAUGCUUGGGUGAUAUGAGACAAUUAGGAUUCGUUAAUGAUGCGGAUAGCUUGGAAAACGGCCAGUUGGCGGCAGACAAACAAGCUAGUGAUGAUGAGGAUAACGAAAUCGAGAUUGUGGAACCUAAAACGGACACCAUUACGCUUGACUCGGACAAUGAAGACGAAGAGCCAGCCAAGCAGUCAAACACUCCGAAACCCCCACAAUUGGUCACCAUUAUUAACACUGCCGCCAGCAGCAAUUCUGCGUGCCAACACAGUUCAGAUGAUAACCGUCAAAAACUGAUAUUAAAAGAACAGCUAACGCUACCCAAAGGCACUACGAUUGUGCCCACUGCACCAGUGCCCAGCUUAAAUAAGCUGCCGUCGCCUUCCAACAACAUAGCCAUUACGAUCAAUAAUUCCAAUGAGGAUAAUAAUGCAAUGGAAGAGGUCGAUAUGAUGUCAGCGGCGAAGAAAUUUCUUGUCAGUCUUUUAGAAGUGGAUUCAGAUGCAGCUGAAGGCAGUUGGUCCGCAGAUGGUAGCGAACAGCAACAGCAACGCAAGCAGCCGCGUAAGAAAACCACCAACAAGCCGAAUCCGACGCUGUUGAAGCAGAAGGAGAUGCUUGAACGCGAGCGCUUAGAGGAGAUGAAACGUAACGAUUUGAAAUUGAAAAUGAAAUGCGCCAUAUCAUUGAAGAAGGCCGAAGAAGAAUACCCAUUCGCAAAAGAUAUGCUGCAACAGCACGAAAAUGAGUCAAAGGCUGAAAAGUGCGCUGGCGAAGCGCAGCGCGCGGCAUCCACGGAGAAGCAAGAGGAAGUGGCUACGAGAGCCGACGAUGGCGACACAAAGGAGCCCAACGAGAGCAGUGAAGCUGGUAAUGAGAAUGAUUCGGGUGAUAUGGAAAUACUAACGGUGGAUUUGGAGAGUUCCAUUGAUGAUGGCAAGGAGACCGAAAUAGUGUUGGAACGCGAGAAGUCCCCAGCAAACAAGUCUGUUGAAGGCGAGAAUAACGGAAAUGGCGAAAAAUAUACUAUUGUCAUGGAUGACGAGGAUGAGGGUAAAGAGAAAUCCCUGAUUAUCGAAGUUGAAGGUAAUAGCAGCAGUGAGAAGGAGUCACUGCAAGUGGUUAUCGACGAGAACACGGCGAACAGCAAUGACGACAGCAACGAAAAGUGUACGAAAACGAAGAUGGAAACCGUAAGCGAGUGCGCAAAGCGUGUAAUUGAGGGAUUGCAAGCGAGUGAAAAGCAGAAAGAAAUUGAGAAGAAUGAGCAACAACAAACUAAAGUGGCGUCACCAGACAUGGCUAGCAGCGUUGAUAAUGCAUCCGCCGACGACAUUAUCGAACCGAUUGUGGUCGAAGAAUCUGAUGUAGCCGACUCGGAGGAUUCGCCCAUUAAGCAAAGCGCAAAAUUGUCUGAGGUUACUAAUGAUCACGCUGUUACCACCACAAACCCAACAGAAAGUGCGGCAGCCGACGACGUGUUAGCUGCUAGGCGCGAGGCGCCCACAAACAGCGGUUUGGUAGCAUGCGCUAUUAAAGCAGCUACUGAGAGAGAAACCAACGCCAUUGAACUGAACGAGCCCGAAAUCGAUGUUGAAAAAGAAAUCGAAAUGUUACUGAUGAAGAAGGCACAAUUGCCUGAGGCUGAAACCAACACCAACACUGAAGCAACUAGCGCAGCUGCUGACACGCAAGCCGAAAAAGCGUCAAUAACGCAACCUGUUACACCUGAGCUGUUGAACGACUUGGCCGACAACUUAUUGGAAAGUGCGAGAGCAACGCAUCCGUAAAGUGCGCAAUUAUUUGUGCACCCACCCUAGGCAGCUGCAGUUAUUGCCACUAUUUCGGUUGUUUUAAAUUUUUGUAAUUCUUAGCAUUUAGCAUAUAGUUUUUAACGUCUCCAAACUAUACAAAACUACUUAGACUUAGUCUUUGUACGUCUGUGCGUAUAGAUUUUUAAGUUGUUAUUAUAUUUACGCCUUUGGAUCAUGAGUAUUUAGUAUGAGCCAUUAACUGUUAAAAUUGCUAAGAAUAUUUAUUUACCCAAUAAUUAGUGGUAGAACAGCAAAUAUUGUUUUUAAUUUACAAUUUUCUGUAAAAUUUUGAAUUUUUUAUGCUAGAACUAAAUGUGUGUAAAGCGAAAGCGUAAAGGUAUGUGAAAGGUCACAUACAUACAUAUGUAUUUAUGAUUGCCGUUAAACUAUUACAGAAAUAGGCACAUAAAUAGUUUCCUAAUGCUUUGCAUUAACUUUGAACUGUUUGGAAUAUAUAAAUAUUCAAUAAUUUAAUAUUAUAUAUUAAUUUGAAUUAACUAUUUUGAGAUUUGUAAAUGUAUAUAGUAUGUAAAAAAUUAUUGCGCGAAAAAUAGAAGUAAAUAAACAUAAAUACAUGUUAAUUUUACGUUUAUAAAUGCUUUUUUAAGUUUCUUUUUGAAUAAAAACUAUAAAAUGAUACCCAAAUUAAAAAUUAAAAUGAGUAAAAUUACGAUCUUCAAAUUGUUGCAUGCAAAAAAAAAAUACUUUGUACUUGUUUAUAGCGUAAAAUUGUAUAAAAUGAUCUUUAUAUUGAUUUUGAUCGAUUAAUUUGAAUGGCAGCAAUAGCUAUAGCGUUUUCCGAUCUGAAAAGUUUCUUCAUUGUAGCAUUGCAAUGGACAGUAAUCUCUGCAAAAGUUCGUGAUGAUAUUUCGUCAAAUAAAAAAGUGAUUUCGAUCGUUCAGUUUGCACCAUAGCUGCACAUUCACUGUUGAAAAAAACAACAUCCACUUCUGUACUUAAAACCAAACUUUUAAUUAGUAUGUACGCAAAUGUAAAACAAAGAUUUGGUAUGGUUUGUGGCCCGGUGGAAUAAUCGGUCCAUAUUUUUUCAAACAAUUACAUAAUAUCGCACCGUUUUCCUGUGGAGGUAUGUGAAGUCUAAAGUCUAGAGGACAUUCGUCAGUUACCAGUCGAAAUGCUCGAACGAGUCAUCGAAAAUUGGAGAGAUAAUCUUCAAAAAAUAAAUGUUUUUCCGAAUCAUAAAAAAACAUUCCCCAUUAAAUU